GCGCCGUGGACAGUGCGCAAAAUAAGAAUAUUGCAACUUUUUAACAAUAUUUGAUACAUCUGCAUGCGCAACGAUUUCCAACACAAGCGAGGAGAUGCGCGCUGUGGACCCUUCAUUUUAACUAAGGAGACAGUGAAUUACUUUUUAAACUGCUGAUACCGAGAAGGAAACGCAAAGGAGUGCCUCUUUCUAACGGAUUUUCUUUACAGCUAUUUACAAAGAGCUGAGACCAUUGUGAAGUCAUGAGAAUACGGAGACCACGCGCACGGUUUUGUGGACUUAUACAAGCCGUUUAGAGUCGAGAUAGAAAAAAGAAACAACCUUUUUCAAUGUAAGAGACCGUGUAUAUAUGAAACUCGAGUUUUUUAGGAACUAUUUUUGCAUUUGGGAGUUUAUUGAACUUGUUUUAUUUUAACUAUGGCGGAAUCGGCUCAUUGGGCAGGUAUGGCGCAUUGUGCGCUGGUGAUCUUGUGUGCGCUUUUCCGGUUGUGUUCAGGCCAGUACCACGGGGAGAAGGGCAUCUCUAUACCCGAACACGGCUUCUGCCAGCCCAUCUCCAUACCCCUCUGUACGGACAUCGCCUAUAACCAGACCAUCAUGCCGAACCUCCUCGGCCACACGAACCAGGAAGACGCCGGGCUGGAGGUCCAUCAGUUCUACCCGCUCGUCAAGGUCCAGUGUUCCUUGGACCUGAAGUUCUUCCUGUGUUCCAUGUACGCGCCGGUCUGUACGGUCCUCGAGCAGGCUAUUCCGCCGUGCAGGUCCCUGUGUGAGCGGGCGAGACACGGCUGCGAGGCCCUGAUGAAUAAGUUCGGUUUCCAGUGGCCGGAGAGGCUCCGCUGUGAGAACUUCCCCGUCCACGGAGCGGGAGAGAUCUGUGUGGGUCAAAACACCUCGGACACCGGUAGCCCCACCUCUUACCCAACACCGUACGUGCCUGAGCUCAUGACUUUACCCCCCUAUAUGGGACGACCAAGCCAGCACCAGGAGUUCUCCUGCCCGCUGCAACUGCAGGUGCCCAACUAUCUGAACUACUACUUUGUGGGGGUAAAGGACUGCGGCGCGCCUUGCGAGCCCACCAAGCCCAACGGGUUGAUGUAUUUUCGGGAGGAGGAGGUGAAGUUUGGCCGGCUCUGGGUCGGGAUCUGGUCCAUUCUGUGCUGUGCGAGCACCCUGUUCACGGUGCUGACCUAUCUAGUGGACAUGAGACGGUUCCGCUACCCGGAGAGGCCGAUCAUCUUCCUCUCCGGCUGUUACUUCAUGGUGGCUACUGCCUACGUGGCUGGGUUCAUCUUAGAGGACAAAGUGGUGUGUAUUGAUAAAUUCGAGGAUGCUGGUUAUAAGACUGUAGCGCAGGGAACUAAGAAGGAGGGCUGUACUAUUCUCUUUAUGGUCCUGUAUUUCUUCGGCAUGGCCAGCUCUAUAUGGUGGGUGAUUCUGUCCCUCACAUGGUUCCUCUCUGCCGGUAUGAAGUGGGGGCAUGAAGCCAUCGAGGCCAACUCUCAGUAUUUCCACCUCGCUGCCUGGGCUUUACCCGCUGUUAAAACUAUCACCAUCCUGGCCAUGGGACAGGUGGAUGGAGACCUACUCACAGGGGUGUGCUAUGUGGGCAUCAACAGUGUGGAUUCGUUGCGUGGUUUCGUUCUGGCACCUCUUUUUGUCUACUUGUUCACAGGGACAUCGUUCCUCCUUGCGGGAUUUGUGUCUCUGUUCCGAAUCAGAACUAUCAUGAAACACGACGGAACCAAGACGGAGAAGCUGGAGAAGCUCAUGGUUCGGAUCGGAGUGUUCAGUGUUCUCUACACCGUUCCAGCCACUAUCGUCAUAGCCUGCUACUUCUACGAGCAGGCGUUCCGUGAGCAGUGGGAGAAAACUUGGCAUGUGCAGAUCUGUAAGAGGUUCGCCGUGCCUUGUCCUCCAAACAAUUUUGCGCUCAUGACCCCGGACUUCACUGUCUUUAUGAUCAAGUAUUUGAUGACUUUGAUUGUCGGCAUCACCUCCGGGUUUUGGAUAUGGUCAGGGAAAACACUGCAGUCGUGGCGCAGCUUCUAUAAGAGACUGAGUAACAGCAACCAGGGAGAAACGACAGUAUGAACGUCAAUGACAGGGGGAAUAUAUAUAAUUGUAUACGUCCCAACUGGCACCCUACGCUGUAUUUAGUGCGCUACUUUUGGCCAGGGUCCCAUAAAGUAGUGUACUAUUAAGGGGGUAGGGUGCCAUUUGGGAUAAGACUGUGCGGUUGUCCCGCGGAGCAGAGAGCGAUCCUCCUAUGAUGAGUUCAUAUGGGGUCCGUGGCUCGUGCAGCCUGCCUGCCUCCGAACCGGACAUUCUAAAGUGGACUAUAAGAAUCCUUUCACGAGCCUAUAAUAAGCCAUUGGCUUCCCAGAUUCAAGGGUUGUUGCGAAAAAGCAAAAAUACGUAUGGGACACUUUAUUGUGCAACGAUCAUUUGAAGGAGAGUCUGGAGAAACGGAUCGCUCCUAAAGAAUGCAACAUAAUGCUGACGUCAAAUGUAUCAUUGUAUCGCAUGUAGGUCAAAUUUAUGAAUAAUGUAGAGCCACUAGGUCUUUAUAAGAAGUGUUUUACGUUACAGAGGUGAUCCGUACAAUUGUAUACAAUUAAUUACCUUAUUCACACUAUAGACCUAUACCAUAUAACGCUACUGGCAAGUUAUAAUUGAAGAAAGAACAUGUUUGCCUUACGAUUUUUUGUUUUCGUGGUAAUUUGUUUUGACAUUCACAGCCAACCAGUGACAAUCAUGCAUUUUUUUGUGGAACAGAAAGACUGACAGACAUUGCAUUUGGAAAUAUGAUAGAAAAUGCAUGUGUGUAGCUGUGGAAUUAUGCUACUGCAGUAUACAUAUCUUGUAAAUACUUUUUUUUUUCAAAGAUUAUAUGUAUUUAGGAAAAUAAUCAUGCAAUUUUUUACUUAAUUUUUUUUAUGCAGUAAACGGUACCAUUUGUAGCCUACCUGUACAGUUUCACUGAUUAAAAUUAUUUUAUU